AUGGAUCAGCCGACCACCUUCCUGGACUUGCCGAUCUUGGCACUUGCACGUGCCCUGACACCCAUACAGGCGCUAAAUCUAAUCAAGGCCUUGGUGUUGGACGGCAACCGCGCCAACGCUGAGCUGGCGCUCGACCUUGACGGCCUCGUCAGCGACUACCGCUUCAGGCGCCCCUCAUACUUCUUCCAGUGCCGCCUGCUGCGCCUGCUGCUGCUGUUUGACGCGCGCGGCGAGCGCGACCUGCGGCCGCCCUGCGACGUGCGAGGCGGCGCCUCAUCGCUCGUAGUCCUCGAGCUCUUGAACCCCGACGAGCCCCCGCCGGCCGAGCUCCGCCGCGCCGAGCGCGCGGCGAUCGCGGCGGCGCGCCGAGCGCGCGGCGCGGCCAACGCGGCGGCGCUGCGGGCGCUGCUCGAGCGCCGCGGGGCACCGCACCUGGCGCCGUAUGUCAUCCUGGGCGACGCGUACUUGAACAUGUUUGGGGCGGAGGAAAUGGCGCAGCGCGUGCAGAGCGUGGAGGAGCAGCUGCCUGCUCUGCAGCUGCUGCACUCGCAGCUAAUCGUGAACGAGCAGCCGGGGGCCAGGGCUGCCGCGGCAGGCGGCGACGCAGCGCUCGAGGCGGGUGAAGGGGGCCUUGAUGUGGGGGGCGGCUUGGCAGAGGGUGUGCAGCAGCUGCAGCUGCUGCAACAGCAGCAGGAGCAACAGCAACAGCAACAGCAGCAGCAGGAGCAACAGCAGCAGGAGCAGCAGCAAGAGCUGCUAGCUUUGUUGGUGGACCAUCACGUGGGCCUUCAGCAGCAGUUGGAGCAAACAGAUGAGCGUGCGGAGCAGGUGCGCCUGGUGGCAACACUGAUCCAGCAGCUGUCGCUGGCUUUGCAACUGUCAGAAGCGCAGCGGCAGCAGGAGCAGGCACAGAUGCAGUUGGAUGAGGAAGCGGCGGCGGCGGCGGCGGCGGCGGCAGACGCGGAGCGAGCGGCCGCAGCCGCAGGGGCGCACGCUGCGGAAGCCGCCGCGAUUGGAGCCGGGCUCGCCGCGCCCGGCGGCGACGCGCCGGGCCCGACGGGCGCGCCGCACGUGCCGCAGCCGCUGCUGCUGCGCCGCGCGUACGCGCGGCCCGCCGCCGCGUUCCGCACCGACCGAUUUGAGCCGACGGCCGGCGGCGACGGCCGGCCGCCCGGGCGCUUCGCGGGUGCUCUUGUCUGGGGCCCGGACAAGGCGAAGCGAAUCACAGACCUUUUAGAGGGCCGCGGCAGCUGCUGCGAGGCGGGCGGCGCGGCGGCGGGCGGCCCAGGCGAGGCGUGCGGCGGCUGCGGCGCGGCGGCGCCGCCGCCGCGGCGCCGCGUGCUGAUGUUCUGUUAUGUGAACCGGCUCGAGCAGAUUGGGGUGACGCCUGGGGCUGAGGAGUGGGUGGAUUACACACUGGUGCCUCUGCUGGAGGUUGCGCCUGGGCAGAGUGUGCGGGACGCGUGGAUGGGGUCGCUGCGGUGCGGAGGGUAUGACGUUCUGGGGUCCGCCGAGGCCGCCCUUGCGGCCGAGGGCCCGGAGGCGCGACGGGCGCGGUGGGCGGGCGCCGUGCCGCGGGCGCUGUUUGAGCGCGGGUGGUAUGUGUAG